ACAAUGACGAACAAUAAUCGAGAACGAAGCAUUAUACCGUCGAAGCAUAUAAUGGUAUCCAUCAUCUUCAGAGCCAUUGCUUAUCAGGGAUUUUUAAUCAACGCAUCGCAUGUAUUGUACCUUAUCGAUUUCUCUUUUGAUUAUCCAGAACAAUGAACGAUCUUGUUAUUCAUUAUCAUCGCUUGCAGGAUAUGACUAUUUAAAGGACUGCCAGCCGUAGAUAAUAUGUGUACGGUUUCCUGGCUGGCCGCGCAGCAAAACGUACCAAAACAUCAUUUCCCAAUCCGUCUUCAUUUCGGUAGCACUGUCAAUUAUGGUAUCGCAGGACGUUGCUUUUAAUACUAGACGCUGGAUAUCUUUUAAUAGUUUAUCGCCAUGGAUGAAUUAAGUGGAAAUACCGAUAUAUCAACGAGGAGUAAACGAUUACCAAAGGAAUUGGCAGAUGAGGUCGAGACUCCAGGCAACAUCUUCGUGCUCUCUGAAGAGGAGAGGAGGGCAGGGCUCUUCCACCUCAGGUACAGCGCUAGAGAAGAUGCUUACUACCGAUAUGCCCAGAGAGAACCCGCCUUGAAGGGGUGGAAAGAAGGAGCUUUCAAUGUCGUCAAUAUGCAACGCUACCACGCCAUCAAAGGGCCUCAAAUAGGAGAAUGGACCUAUUUAACUCGGAAACCCAGACACUCUAGUGGGUCUAUCAGUUGGUUUCUAGAUCUGACCCAGUCUGGUCUAGUCGUAGACCAGGUCUAUGCUCUCACCUAUAGUCGGACACUCUCCGGUGGAAACGUAACCUUUGACAUGAGGCGCCCAGAUUGUCCGCCGAGCAAGGGGCACAAGACAGAAAGUAGUAUCAACGGUCUAAUCUUUGCGGCCUACCUAGAUGGAGGGUUACGCAAACGUGAGAGGGCGCAAACUCAACUCUUCUUCCAAGAUUGCCUAGAGGAUCCUGAAGGCUUCCCAUUUGAUCUCCUUAUCACACUGAAGCCAUCAGAUUCUAAAGAAGGCAUAACAAAUAAACCAAGAACGAAACCCGGACCUCUACAGCCAUUAUCUUUUCCUCCAAGACCUCAUGACGUGCCUACCAAACCAGCAAGGUGCACGUGCGCCCGCAAUCACAGAAGACGUCGAAUCAGCGCUUCCAUCGCAGACUUCAGGGACAAACCUACGUGCUGCGAACAGGACGAAAGGGGUAUCAUAUCUUCAGAAAAGCUAGAAAAGGGUCGAACGAAUUUCCGACCGAACGGUGUGGAUACUUGUUCCGUGACCAAAGACAUUAACGCCAAUGGAUCCAUGUUACUUACUGAACCGAACAGGACAAUGCGAAGUCUUGAAGCAACAUUGGCAAACCCACAUAAGAGAAAUGAACGAUUGGGGUCUGACCGAGGCAAUGGAAGUAUUAACCUAGCAAGGACAGAACAGAAUGUAGAGACAUCAAAAUGUCCAGAACAUGGGACAUCUAGAAGAUUCUCUGUGGCAUCAACAGCUUGGGAACAUAGACUCGAUAGAGGCAUCGACAAUGAGAACCUGGUCGAGAGUAGACGAAAAUCAAGAUGUGUGAUCUUAUGACGGAUAUGAUGACAAUGACACA